AUGGCUGACAUACCUAUCGAGAAAGCGGUCAAUUUUGACCAGCUUGAACGCGCUGACACCAAAGAAUCUGUCAACAGCGACAAACUCAACGAUGCGCGGAUCGCAGCGUUCACCCCAGAGGAGCAAAAGAAAAUCAUCAGGCGGAUUGACCGGCGCCUUGUACUCACCUUGGGAUUUCUAUACUGCGUGUCACUCAUGGAUCGGACCAACCUCGGUAUUGCCGUUGUUGCCGGUAUGGGAGUCGACCUUGUCUUGACAGGAAAUCGAUAUUCGGUUAUUGUCCUGCUCUUCUUCAUCACCUACGUCCUGUUACAACCCCCGGCCACGGUCGUUCUGCGGAAGGUUGGGCCCCGCAUCUUCCUUCCCACGAUCACUCUCUUAUGGGGAAUCACCAUGAUCUGCUUUGGGUUCGUUAAAGACUGGAGCGAUCUUAUCCCCCUCCGUCUGGUACUGGGUGUUUUUGAAGCAGGUUUCUUCCCUGGCUGCGCAUAUCUUUUAUCCUGCUGGUAUCCUCGGUACGAACUGCAAAAGCGGAACGCGGUUUUCUAUCUCAUCGGGUCGAUGGCGUCGGCCUUUUCCGGCAUUCUAGCCUAUGGCUUUUCACAAUUGAAAAACCACGGCUCUGGCCCAAAAUGGUGGGGCCAACAUUACGGUCCUACGGCCGCAAACCCGACGGCUCCCUCUGGCAUUCUGCCCGGGAUUGCUGGCUGGCGUUGGAUCUUUAUCCUUCAGGGCGUGAUUACUGCGCUUCUGGCGCUUGCCUCGUACGUUCUGAUUGUGGAUUUUCCUGAGCUGUCCACCAACACGUUUGGCCUCAAAUUCCUGAACAAGGCCGAGGCCGAGUUCGUCGUUGCACGAAUCGAAAAGGAUCGUCAUGAUGCCAUCCCCGAACAGUUCCGGUUGGGCAAAUACCUCAAGAACGCCCUGGACCUGAAGGUGUGGGGGUUUGCCGCACUCUUCGGUCUCUCGACGACCAACACAUAUGCCAUUGCGUACUUUUUGCCCAUCAUCCUGAACUCGGGUAUGGGCUUCAAUGUCGCGGCCUCUCAAUGUCUUGUGGCUCCUCCCUAUGUCUUGGCCGCGAUUGUGAUGUACGCAUUUGCAGUCCUAGGGGACAGAUGGCAUCUCCGAUCUCCUUUCAUCCUUAUCAACGGAGCAUUGCUGCUAAUCGGCCUGCCUCUUCUCGGAUACUUGGAUAAUGUGGGCGUGCGUUAUUUCGGUGUAUUCAUCGCCACCACGGCCUGUAACGCCAACGUCCCCUGCGUCCUCACCUGGCAGGCUAACAACAUUCGAGGCCAAUGGAAGCGUGCCCUGUGCAGCGCCACGCUCGUCGGCGCCGGCGGUAUCGGAGGGAUCAUUGGCAGCACAGUCUUUCGUGAACAGGACAAGCCCGAAUAUCACCCUGGGAUUCUGACGUGCAUGAUUGCCAGUGGCUUGAUCGUCCUCAUCACCUUGGCCCUCGACUUCAAGUUUUGGAGGGCAAACAAGCGAGCUGCCGCGGGCGGAAAGCCUAUUGAAGGUCUCCAGGGGUUCUUCUACACGUACUAA